GGGGAAAAGGCGCGAGGGCGGAAGGGGAAACUUGGUUUUUCCUCUGGUCUGUUCCGGGCCGCGGGGAAGGGUCGGCGCGGGCGGAGCUCGGGGCAUGUGGGACCCCCGCGCGUUCGAGCGGCGCUGGCGGGCCGAGUUCCCCGGGGCGGAGGUGCCGGUCCCGAGGCUGGAGUCGGUGCGCGACGCCGAGCGGGAGCUGGAGCGCUGCAGACUCAACCUGGAGCGGCUGCAACAGGUGCUGGCGGAGGAGCAGCUCAAAGCCUCCCUCCUGCAGGCCGCGCUGGCCGGGGACGCCGAGCGCCCCGAACCCGAGGCUGAGCCUCCCCGCGGGGACCCCGAGCGCCCCGACCCCGAGGCUGAGUCUCCCCGCGCGGACCUGCCCGCCUGGCCCGGGGCGGCCGGAGAAGCGGGCGGGGGAAAGAGCUGGGCCGACGCCGUCCACCAGCAGCUCCUGCAGCCGCAGCUGCGGUUCCGGGCCCGGGAGGACGACGCGCCCCUCGGGGACCCCCACGCGGCUCCCGGCACGGACGAGGGGGGCGACGGCAGCGACCACGACUUCGAGAUGGUGGAUUUCAACGAGAAGUUCGUCCUCGGUCCCUGGCUGGCGGCCCCUUGCCGGUUCGGGACCCGCGAGGAGGCGGAGAGGCCGGGGCGCGCUUGCAGCCCCCACCGCUGGACGCACCUGAUCCCCGGGGGGCGGCGGCCGCAGCGGGGGACCCGCGACCUGGAGCAGCGGGAGGCCGAGGCCAAGGACCGCCCGGGCUCGCCCCUAGCCGCGGAGGAGCCCCCCAGGCGCGAGCACCUCCCCCCGUGGAGGCGCCAGAGGUUCCUGCGGGUGCCGGAGCGAGACUCGCCUGGUCACAGCUCGCCGGAGAGAGACAGCGAAGGCAGCCGGCACAGCUCCGACCGCGAGGACGGCUUCUCCGCAGACUUCAGCUACGGGACGGACGAGUACGACGGAGAGGGGAAUGAGGAGCAGAAGGGGCCCCCGGAGGGCUCAGAGACCAUGCCGUACAUCGACGAGUCGCCCACCAUGUCCCCGCAGCUCAGCGCCCGCAGCCAGGGCGGGGGGGAUGGCGUCUCCCCGACUCCACCUGAGGGGCUGGCUCCUGGGGUGGAAGCAGGGAAAGGCCUGGAGAUGAGGAAGCUGGUUCUCUCGGGGUUCUUGGCCAGUGAAGAGAUCUACAUUAACCAGCUAGAAGCCCUGUUGCUGCCCAUGAAACCCCUGAAGGCCACCGCCACCACCUCCCAGCCCGUGCUCACCAUCCAGCAGAUCGAGACCAUCUUCUACAAGAUCCAGGACAUCUACGAGAUCCACAAGGAGUUCUACGACAACCUGUGCCCCAAGGUGCAACAGUGGGACAGCCAGGUCACCAUGGGCCACCUCUUCCAGAAGCUGGCCAGCCAGCUCGGCGUGUACAAAGCAUUUGUGGAUAACUAUAAAGUCGCUCUGGAGACAGCCGAGAAGUGCAGCCAGUCCAACAACCAGUUCCAGAAGAUCUCAGAGGAACUCAAAGUGAAAGGUCCCAAGGACUCCAAGGACAGCCACACGUCCGUCACCAUGGAAGCUCUGCUCUACAAACCCAUCGAUCGGGUCACUCGGAGCACCUUAGUCCUACAUGACCUGCUGAAGCACACACCUGUGGACCACCCCGACUACCCACUGCUGCAGGAUGCCCUCCGCAUCUCCCAGAACUUCCUAUCCAGCAUCAACGAGGACAUCGACCCCCGCCGGACUGCAGUCACAACACCCAAGGGGGAGACACGGCAGCUGGUGAAGGACGGCUUCCUGGUGGAAGUGUCGGAGAGUUCCCGGAAGCUGCGGCACGUCUUCCUCUUCACAGACGUCCUGCUGUGUGCCAAGCUGAAGAAGGCCUCUGCGGGGAAGCACCAGCAGUAUGACUGUAAGUGGUACAUUCCCCUGGCCGACCUGGUGUUUCCGUCCCCCGAGGAGUCUGAGGCCAGCCCCCAGGUGCACCCCUUCCCAGACCAUGAGCUGGAGGACAUGAAGAUGAAGAUCUCCGCCCUCAAGAGUGAAAUCCAGAAGGAGAAAGCCAACAAAGGCCAGAGCCGGGCUAUCGAGCGCCUGAAGAAGAAGAUGUUUGAGAAUGAGUUCCUGCUGCUGCUCAACUCCCCCACAAUCCCGUUCAGGAUCCACAAUCGGAAUGGAAAGAGUUACCUGUUCCUACUGUCCUCAGACUACGAGAGGUCAGAGUGGAGAGAAGCAAUUCAGAAACUACAGAAGAAGGAUCUCCAGGCCUUUGUCCUGAGCUCAGUGGAGCUCCAGGUGCUCACAGGAUCCUGUUUCAAGCUUAGGACUGUACACAACAUUCCUGUCACCAGCAAUAAAGACGACGACGAGUCUCCAGGACUGUAUGGCUUCCUUCAUGUCAUCGUCCACUCUGCCAAGGGAUUUAAGCAAUCAGCCAGGCACUUCUUGAAGUCUGGCCAGGACCACCACACUGCCACUCGGGCUGCUUGUUCAUGUGGAGGCUUCCUGAACCCUCUCCAAACCCACAGACUCCCCUUCUGGGGGCUGCUGCUCAGAAGCUUCUGGCUAGUGAGCUCCGUAGGACCGUCCCACCUGUGUGUGGACCCGGCACCUCCACUCCGCGGCCCCCAGAUGCCACCCCUCCUCCCUCUCCUGCUUCCCACUGGCUGGGAGGUCCUCACCUCAGGGAGCCAGGCCCAUGGCGUGGAGCAGGUUCUUCCUCCCAGCCUGGACCUGUACUGUACCCUGGAGGUGGAUUCCUUCGGCUAUUUUGUCAGCAAAGCCAAAACCAGGGUGUUCCGGGACACAGCGGAGCCCAAGUGGGAUGAGGAGUUUGAGAUCGAGCUGGAGGGUUCCCAGUCCCUGAGGAUCCUGUGCUAUGAGAAGUGCUAUGACAAGACCAAGGUCAACAAGGACAACAACGAGAUCGUGGACAAGAUCAUGGGCAAAGGGCAGAUCCAGCUGGACCCACAAACUGUGGAGACCAAGAACUGGCACACGGACGUGAUUGAGAUGAACGGGAUCAAAGUGGAAUUUUCCAUGAAAUUCACCAGCCGAGAUAUGAGCCUGAAGAGGACCCCGUCCAAAAAGCAGACCGGUGUCUUCGGCGUGAAGAUCAGCGUGGUGACCAAGCGGGAACGCUCCAAGGUGCCCUACAUCGUCCGGCAGUGCGUGGAGGAGGUGGAGAAGAGGGGCAUCGAGGAGGUUGGCAUCUACCGGAUAUCAGGCGUGGCCACGGACAUCCAGGCGCUCAAGGCCGUCUUCGAUGCCAAUAACAAGGACAUCCUGCUGAUGCUGAGCGACAUGGACAUCAAUGCCAUCGCCGGCACGCUCAAGCUCUACUUCCGGGAACUGCCUGAGCCCCUCCUCACGGACCGACUCUACCCAGCCUUCAUGGAGGGCAUCGCCCUGUCAGACCCUGCUGCCAAGGAAAACUGCAUGAUGCACCUGCUCCGCUCCCUGCCUGACCCCAACCUCAUCACCUUCCUCUUCCUGCUGGAACACUUGAAAAGGGUUGCCGAGAAGGAGCCCAUCAACAAAAUGUCACUUCACAACCUGGCUACCGUGUUUGGACCCACGUUACUGAGACCCUCAGAAGUGGAGAGCAAAGCACACGUCACCUCGGCUGCCGACAUCUGGUCCCAUGAUGUCAUGGCGCAGGUCCAGGUCCUCCUCUACUACCUGCAGCACCCCCCCAUUUCCUUCGCAGAACUCAAGCGGAACACACUGUACUUCUCCACCGACGUGUAGCCCGAGGCAGGGUGGCUGCGGGGAGGGGGUGGAGCCAGCCCCUCCAGCCCGGGGCCCAACCCAGACUUGAAAGACUGCAAUAGAAAACUCCCAAACCCAGCACUCCAGACUCGAGGGAAGCCAGCUUCCAAGAACUGGAAUGCGUCCGUCUUUUGUGCCACCUUGUACAAAGCCGGCUGCCCAGCCCCAGCCUCACCGCCACAUCCCACCUCCUGCCCUCUGUACCUCUAGUUGUGUCUGAUGCUGCGUGCUGUUCGGGAAUUGUUUUGUGUACACUUGUCAUGCGGAAAAGGUAGUGGCCGGCCCGGCGUGGGCACACAGACAGCUCGCUUUGGCCUUAAGUUUCCUCCAGCACUUUCUUUCCUCCUGAGUCCAGCCCAAGGCCUUUUAUUUUGCGCUGUGUAACUGCUGCCAGCUUCUCUCUUGGCCCUGCUCCCAGAUGGCGGUCUCCUGGCAGCCUCCCCUGUCUUCCUCCACCCGCUUUUCCUUCCCGGCCUGCCUGCAUGCAUGUGCACCCUCCGUCUUCACUCCAUCACCUUGAAGGCUCUGAAGAGGCCCCGGGUGGCGGGGACAGCGGUGGCCUGUUUGGUGCUGCCGUUUGCCGCUGCCGGCCUCUCCUCGACCUCCGCCUUUGGGAGCACACCUGCUUUGCCUUGCUGCCUGUGCAAAUGCUGGACAAGGAGAUACACUCACACUCAUCCCCAGCUUAGCACAGAGCUGGAGCAGCCAUUUCUGGAAUUUUCCGUUUGGGAAUCUCCACUUCUGGGGUUUACCUGUUCAGCCUCCUGCCUAUCAGUGAGGCAUCUCUGACUGUUUCUUCUACUGCUUUUCAGUUCCCUUCCCUGCUGUUCUAUUUCCUUUGAGUGUAAAGACUCACAAGUGACCUGCUAUUGAGAUAGCCAGAGGGUCAGGAGAGAAUGGGGGAGGCAGUCCGCCUGCUGAGGAAACACCAAGGGCUGCAGUGGGGAGGAAUGCACAAGCAGCGCUGGGUGUCCUGGGUCUCAGGCGGGGACGGGCUGAACGGGGGAGGAACGCACAUGCAGCGUGUCCCGGGUUGCGGGCGGGGCAGCUCUUAGGAGCGAGUUGUGGGGGCUUUUCAAGUGGGGCCAGGCUUCCUGGAGGGUGACUGAUGGGGCUGAAGCAGGUGUCCAGGCAGGCAGGUUGCAGCCAGGUCCCUGGUACCGCAGGACCUCGUGGUACUCCUGCCUGAGAUUUUACACUCUCUCCACAGCCAAGCACUGCCGCCGGUCCUUCAGGACCUGGGAAGGAAAGGCACAGGCCCGCAGUGGCCAGCCAUUGUGGUGCCACCCCAGCUUCUGGACGCAGCCUUUUGGGUAAACGCUGGGAACUCCAGAAGUUGUGGGGAGAGUGGGGGAAUCAGACAGCUGCCUCUCCGGGCUGGGUUCUGCUGGGGCCUCCUUGUUGGUGCUGUAGGCACCCGCCAGGGAGGAGGGACCCGAAGCUUCCAUUCCCAACUUGGAGACUUACUAGGAAGGAGUGAGGUGUGUUCCCACCGCAGUUUCCCACACGAGCUGUGGCUGCCAGCCUCGGGCCAUCAGCCUAGGAGAGCAGACUCAGUUCCAGGGGCUUGAGUUACAGCCACAAUUAAGCUGCUGGCUCUUCUGUGUGGCAGAGCGUCGUUUCUGGGCCCUCAGGACUGGGGAGCUCAGUUCCCAUUCUUGUGCUCAGGGCUGAGUCUUAAAGAAGGGUGUGCUGGUCCUAACACUGUAGCACUUGCUCAGUGAGGGGCAGAGCCCUUUUUGAUCCCAUUGACUCCUGUUGCCUUGGGCAGAACAGUAAAUAUUCUGUGCACGGAGGAGACAUGCCCAAGAGGAAGGAAGUCCUUACCAUCAGCUGCCUGUAAGGAGCCCGUGCUCCCUGGAACAGGCAGCGAACUUGAGUCUAAAGACCCAGCGCCUGGCCCUUCCUGAGGUCGCUGCUUGGCACCCGAGUGUCGGUGUGUGGCACAGAAGGCUCCUGCUUGCUUCCAAAGCGAUGGACAGGAAGGGGCAGAGUGAGUCACGGCCCAGACUGGGCACCUUCGCAUCUCAGCCUCAGGGAGCCCCACGGCCCCAAGCUUGCUGAGGCAAUAUGAGAACAGGCUACGGGAAGGCUGCAAAGGCUGAGAAACGCAAAGGCUCAAAUUUAUAAAUCCCACCCCCAGAGCGGGGAGGGUCAGGUGCCAGACCUGGACUAAACUGCACCAAGCAAACACCCAGCGGGGUCUCCUGUGAGCCAGGGACCGUGCAGGCCGGAACCUCCAGUCACUGUGCCCAGCAGGAGUCAGGAGCCAGGGACUGUGUAGCCCGGGACCUCCAGUCACUGCACCUGGCAGGAGUCAGGAGCCAGGGACCGUGCAGGCUGGGACCUCCAGUCACUGUGCCCAGCAGGAGUCAGGAGCCAGGGACUGUGCAGCCCGGGACCUGCAGUCACUGUGCCUGGCAGGAGUCAGGCUAAGGGUUCUCCUGUGAGCAGGGACUGUGCAGCCUGGAAACUCCAGUCACUGUGCCCAGCAGGGUGGGCUGUGCCCGGCAGGAGUCAGGCUAAGGAACCCCAGUCUGCCUGUCCUUGCAGGGCAAUGGCUGAUGGCUGCCACUUUCUGCUGAUACACAGGUAGGAUGGGACCCGUCAUGAAUAUCUGACUUUAAUAAGUUGGUAAGGAUAUAUUUUUUUGUCUAUGUUCUGUUUCAACUUAUGUAGAUUAUUAUAAAUUGAUGUAAACCAUGUGAGAGGAAAAUGUUAAUAAAAAAGGCAAAGCCCCAACAUUUGCACAAAACUCA